CGACCGGUAUCGACCGACCUCGGUUGCUGUGGUUACGGGUUGAGUCCGGAAGCGGCCCUGUGCAGCAGACACAUCUUUAGAAACAUGGCUGUGCAGAGCUGGAUUGAUAUCCUAAAAUCAUCAAAGAAAACAGCUUUGAUACACGAUGGAAAAAGGAAGAUCCACUACCUCUUUACAGAUGGAAAAGAAAUGGCAGAAGAGUAUGACUUGAAUACAGAUGAGCUCAUUGUACGAAAGUGGCGUCAUAAAAGCACACUUGGAUCUCAGGGCCAAUGGCAGGUAGAGGUUGGGGAGCCACUUGCAGGCCCUGUCACUUCUUUGGAUUCAGAGGUGAUCAAGGAGAACUGCUCCAAUCCUGUGUUCACGCGUAAAGACACAAAGACCAGCUUUCAGUGGAGAAUCCGCAACCUUCCCUACCCCAAAGAUGUCUUCAGUGUUUCUGUUGAGCCAUCUGAGAGAUGCAUUGUCAUAAAAACCUCAAACAAAAAGUAUUAUAAGAAGUUCAGUGUUCUUGAUUUAGAUCGCAGUCAGCUGCCAUUGGACAGCUCUGCCGUGAGCUUCACUCAUGCCAACAACACUUUAAUUGUCAGCUACAAGAAACCCAAAGAGAUCUUAACCCUUGAACAGGAGCUACUGAAGGAGCUGAAGAAACUGAAGGGGACCGGUGAAGGGGAUGCCGACUGCAAAACUCAGUGAAUUCUGACUGUGGGAGCAAGAGAAUAAUUCUGCGUUGCAUUUAAAGCAGAGCCUCACUGCGUCAUUUUCCAGUCACAUGUGAGCUCUCUUUUAUUUUUAUUUUCCUUCCUUAAGAAGAACUUUGCACAGUGCCUUGUCAAUGGUGUAAUGCUUCUAAUUGUGUUUUCUAAUUGCGGUCCAUUUAUUAGAGGUGUUAGUGUUGAAAUUUUUCCUGCCAUUUAUAUUUGAUACAGACAUACUUAGUAAAAUAUAUUACAUGUAGACGCAGUCUCACAACCAGAUUUAUUAACUUUGUAGCUGAACCAUGAGUGAUUUCCCAAAUUAUUUCUUUCAAAUAAUUUAACAUCUUCAAACAAUCUUUGUAGGGAAAUUUAUAAUUGUAUUACAACAGUGUCUAUUUUUGCUUCUUGUUACCAAACUUACUAGGGAGCAAUUUUGAUGGGGGUCACAUAACCUACCACCCUCCUUUCAUUGAUGUCCUUGUAAAACACUCAAAACACACAAUGCUCAUCCCUGUUCGUUCCGGGGUCACUGUUACGAGUACAUCCCAUUUGUGUUAACUGAAUACCCUCAUGUUCCUUGCAUGUAGUGGGCCACCCUGAAAGCCAUUACUGAAACUUUGGUCAGCGAGCAAGCUAGUGUUACUGUUUCCCUUUACAAUAGAGGGUCACUCUGACCCUGUGGUCUCUAGCUAAAACUCCAUAGACACAAGUUAGAAAAAGGUGCAAUUGUUGCAGGGCAUUGUUCCAAAUGGAUUUCAUAUUAUUGUCUAACAAGGACAAACAUAAAGACGGUAUUUCACGCUUUUGGAUUUUUGAAGUCUAUGUGUAUGACAUGUACAGAAGAAACAUAAUUGUAUAGAUACAUGCUUCAAAAUGGGAUAAUGUACUACUUUUUCACCAAAUUCAAUUCAGAAAAAACUCUGUCCAGUCAGAAAUACUUAGACAGUGGAUAAAAAAAGAACAGUGCUGUUUAAAAGAGACAAUGGCAUUUAAAUAUAGAUUGUUUCAACCUUG